AUGAAAGACAGAUAAUUCUUGAGAGGGUUAUUAUUUCAUAGUAUAACAUUUUGUUAUUCGAUCUAUUUUUACUCGGUUCGAAGUGAAGCUACUAAUUUGUUUUGCAUGAUCAUAGCAAGCAUUAUAUCAAUAACUCUGUUUAUUUUGCGCUAUAAAAAUUUAUAGGUGAAGCUUAUAGGAACUAUACUUUGCAUCUAAAUAGAUGUGAUUUGCUUGAUAAUUUUGAAUGUUGUAAAUCUCAAUGUUACAUCAUACGCACAAUUAAUAUGGUGUCAGCACAUCUCUAAGGAAUUAUAUAGAUAAAUGGGAUCAUAAUAAUAUUAUUUAAUUAACCCUCGGUCUCUAUACUACGGCACUAUUUUGACUGUGAGUUUAUUUUAGCAAGUGUACACCCACAUCUAAACUAAUUUCACUGCUGAGUCCCCACAGUUAAUCAUGUGUUUAUUAAUGUCACUCGUCGAUAACUUUAUCAUUCGCAAGAAAAAAAGAUACAGAUUGUAACAAUUAACAACCAUGCCACUCGAUACUGGAACAGUAAACAAACUAGAUGGAGUUGCCAAAAGAGUGCUUUCAAUUUUGGAUCAACCUUCUUAGGAUCAAUCCAAAGAUAGCUUUUAAAGAGAGUAUGACGUUUUUAGUAACAUCUAAUAACAUUAUAUCAAUCCUGAAAUAAUUUAUAAUUCUUUGGAAUAUUUUUCAGAAGGCUUAAUAGUAUUAAAUGUUCUAGACGAAUUAAAUCACACAUAUAAAAUAUCAUACAUGAAUAAUGCUACAAGGAUUCUCUUUGGAAAAGAUUAAGAUGCAGAUAUUCUCUUCAUCUUAGAAAACUUAAAUUCUUUGCACCUGUAAAACCAGGAAUGUUUUGAAGAUUAUAAUUCAAGAAGUGAUUCUGUCCAGUAAAAACUUGGCAAUCUCUCAAAUUCAAAAUUAUGCAAAUCUUUGUUUCCACUAAGAGAUUUGAUGUUCUGCUCAUUAAAAUAGCCUUUGGCUGAUAUUUAAUACUUAGAAAGACAAUAAACUAUUAGCAUGAAGGACCUAUUAGAGAGGAUGAUAAAAACUAAGAGGUAGGACUAAAUUACUGUGAAUACACACAUCGAUACCAACCUAUUUGAGAAUUAGAAAGCAAUCAAAGUAUCUCAGAAUCUUGCUUAUUCAAGGUAAGAUAGUGAUAGAUUGAUGGAAUUCAAACUCACUCUUAAAACAGACAAAAAUGUCUUAAUAAUUUGUAGAGAUGUAACUCAUCGUUAAAAGAUCCGAUACUUAAAGGAAUAUGACAUUUAAAAAUCGAAAAUGCUUUCAUUUGUUAGUCAUGAAUAUAGAUAACCUCUGGGAUGCAUCGUAUAGAUGAUUGAAUGUGCCUUACAAUAAAAAGUAAUAUAAAAAAAUUUAGAAAUUGCUGAAGAUUUGCAAGCAGCAUUGGAUAAUUCAAAAUAUAUGCUAAAUUUAUCUAAUGAUUUAUUGGAUUUGGCUCAAAUAAAGAAUGGAAAAUUCAAAAUUCAAAAGGUACCUAUCAAUUUGGAAAAACUGAUAGCUGAAUCCAUUAAAAUGUUUUCUCUUAAGGCUAAAAUAAAGGAUUUACAUCUAUUUUGUGAUUACUAAGUGACUCUUCCCAAAUUCAUAGUCUCCGAUAAAAAUAGAAUCAAGCAAAUAAUUGUUAAUCUCAUAAGCAAUGCAUUUAAAUUCACUUGUACUAGAAUAUAAGUCAUUGUCGAUCUACUGGCCAACUAAAAGUUGAGAAUAGGAGUAAAGGAUGAUGGAAUAGGAAUCAGCGAAGAGGAACAGAAGGUGUUAUUCAAAGCAUUUUCAAAGAUAAAUUCUGAAGAGAGCAAGAAACUCAAUGAACAAGGCGUAGGAUUAGGUUUGGUUAUAAGUAAUUAAAUAGCUCAAAACAUUGGGUGUUCAGGAUUGAAUAUAGAAUCUAACAAGGAUCAAAAUAAUCAUUUUUCUUUCUUUUACUUUGAUCUAAUGAUGGAAGAAGUAACAAAUAAAAAAAAAGUGCCAAGCUUUAAAAUUCCAUAGAUCAGUCCUCGAUAUCAGGAGGUAGACGAAGCCACAACAUUCAACUAAGAUUGUUAGAAGAUCACAGUAGAUGCAAUACCAUAAUGCUGCCAUUAUUUGAUUGUUGAUGAUGAUUGUUUUAAUGGAUAUGCUUUUAAAAGAAUUUUGAUGGGAUUGCAGAAUAAGUAGGUUUUAUCCAUAUUAUAAUUUGAUGUAGAAUACGUUUCAUCUGGGAAGGACUCUAUUUUAAAGAUCUAGGAGAAGAAGUGUAAUAAGACUUGUUAGGGUUACAAAUUGAUUUUUAUGGAUGUAGAAAUGCCAGUUAUGAAUGGGAUUCAAACAACAAAAUAAAUAUUGAAUAUCAACCAAAAUUAGAUGAUUGUUGGUUGCAGUGGAUAUUCAGAUUUACAAGAGAAGCAGAAAUGCCUAGAAGCUGGCAUGGUUGAUUAUCUCACAAAACCAGUGACAGAAUUAGCUCUCAUUAAAAUACUAGAGAAAUAUUAAUGA